AUGGUCGAUGAAUUAACAGAUUUAAGGAAGCAAUGUGUAACAAGUUUAUACACUUGUGUGGACAAUGUUGCUAUGUUUAUGAAUGAACAAGAGAGGGAGACUGAGUUUUCUAAGUUGAAGUCUUCUGUUGAAGAGUACUGUAAGCUAGAAGCUAGAAACAAUGUAGCUAACGAAGCAUUAGAGAAAGCAAAGGAUGAAACAGACUCUUCAAAUUUGGACACAUUACAAGACAGGUUUAACUUCUACUUAAACAAUCUUGCAAGUAAAAAUGUAAAUGUCAACUCUCACCCAUAUAUGACAGAAUUCAAGAAAAGAAUUGAGAAAGGACGACAAAAAUCAAGACAAAACUUAGACGGAUCAGACUUGGCUAUAACAGAGUCUCAGAAUCAAUAUAUUGAUCCAAUAACCAAAAGGCCGAUUGUGGAUCCAGUACGAAACAAAUUAUGCGGUCACAUUUAUGAAAAGGAGGCAGUUGUGGAGUUUAUUGCAAUGGGGAAAAAAAUGAAAUGUCCCGUUGCCGGCUGUGGUAAUCGUGAAAAUCUGGUGCCUAUGCAUUUGAUAUCAGACGAUGAGCUAAAAUUCCGCCUGACUCUAACACAACACUCCACUAUGAUACAAGAGCCAUCAAUUUUGGAUUUGGAUGAAAGUGUAUUG